AUGUCGGUUCCACGCACGAUUACUGCGAGUCUCACUGAUACUGACCAAGAUGCUGACCUGGAACAGCUGCGAGAGUUUAUCGACUCGUGUCCGCUUCUCGACCACCACUGCCACUGCCUGAUGGAGCUAGAGCCUCCCGUUACAGUCACAUCUCUCAGCAACGCACUGCUAGGAACACUCACGGAAGCGCAGGGUAAAGCGCGAGAACAAGCAGUACACUCCAUCGCCGUUAAGCGCAGUAUUCGUGAGCUGGCAUCUGCCCUAUCAGCGGACGCCACGUCACUGGAGGGAGUCGCCGCUGCUCGGCUGCGAUUGGGCGAGGAAGCAGCCAAUCAGAAGCUGUUUGGUGCUGCGCGGAUAUCCGCCCUGCUUAUAGACGAUGGGCUCAGAGGCGGCGUGGCUUAUAACGGGGAUGUGAACUGGGGGGUGGGAGGAGGAGAAAGCGGAGCGUAUGAACUAGGAGCGGCAAAAGAAACAGCAGAAGGCGUGGCAUCAGCAGCAGCGCAAGAGGGAGGGAAUCAGGCAGCUUCAGAGUCAACCCACAGGCCACAGGAAGGAGAACAGCAGAGGGAGGCGGAACAGUCAGGGCAUGGGAAGAGGUGGAGGUGGAGGGGUGUGGUAUGGCACGAGACUCUGGUGCCGGUGGUGCGGCGAGUGAUCAGGCUGGAAACCUUAGCGGAAGAUAUUUUGCUGGGACCAGCGCCAGUGGUGGCGUUUAAGAGCAUUGCAGCAUACCGCUGUGGUCUCUCCAUCGACCCUUUCGUAACGCCUUCUGAAGUGGAGCUCGGCAUUCAAGCCACACUGGCUUCGGUAGUCCAAACAUGUCCACCAAGCCUGCGCCUGUGUGACCCCCGAGUGAUCAGUUUCUGCAUCGCUACAGCCCUCGCAGUGGCAGCCAAGCAUCAGCUUCCGCUACAGAUACACUGCGGUUUUGGCGACAGGGAUUUGGAUCUGGCAGCAGCCAACCCCCUGUGCCUGCGCGCUCUGCUGGAGUAUAACGAGGGGCUCGCGGAGGUGCCAGUGGGGGAGGUGCCAGUGGGGGAGGCGCAAGGGGAGGCGCAUGCGGGGGCACGUGGGAAGGCGCGUGGGUUGGGGUGCAGCCAUGCAAGCUACGCGGCGCCGAUUGUUCUCCUGCACUCCAAGCUCUCCAUCUCAGGCAUGAAGGCCGCCCUCCUUGACUUGCUUGACCUCGCCCCCCUCACCAAGGUUCGUGCUCGUUGA